AUGGUACUUCAUGGAAAAUUCAUGGAAAAUCAAUUGACACUGGUCAUACGGUAUAUAACUUCUACCAGCAAAUCAAAAGAAAGAUUUUUAGCAUUUCUACCAUCAGUGAGGCACAAAGGAGAACAGAUGGAAUAUGCAUUAAUAAACAAAUUCAAAGAGUUGGGCAUUCUAUUAGAAAAUUGCAGAGGAAAAUCCUAUGACAACGCCUCCAAUAUGUCUUUAGUAUAUAAAGGACUUCCAGCUCGUAUAAAAAAAUGGGAGCUUCUUAAAAACAUCUUAGAUAAAUCUUCUAAUUCUACAAUAGUUCCAAAAAGCUUAUCUACUACUAGGUGGUCUUCACGGCAUGAAUCGUGCAAAGGAAUAUCAUCUGGAUAUAAAAAAAUAUUACAAGUUCUAAAAAUAUUAUCAGAAGAUAAAGCUCAAACACCAUACACUAGACAUGAAGCAAAUUCAAUGAAAAAUAAAUUGGAAAAAUUAGAGUUAGUUUUAUGUUGA